GACCGGAUGAUCUCGUAUUACCGCAUCAAUGCUCGCACCAAGAAAUGGACUGUGCGAACUGUGUUGCACAUGACUGACAUGUCAUUGGUAAAUGCUUGGCUUCAAGAGCGAGAGGAUCUUCUGGAAAAAGGCACCACAACUAAGCAUCUCAGGGAGUUCUUAGACUUCCGCCUUGCUGUCAGUGAACAUUUACUGUAUCCCCAGGGAAAUACAAAUGCUGAUCCGGAAGAUGGACCUCCCCGAAAGCGGAUUGCCCUGCCACCAGAGGCUGCACGCAAAUCUCAAGCGCUUCACAUGCCAAGGUUCAUUGACUUAAAGAAUGCGGCGAGAUGUCGCAAUCCUGAAUGCAAGCGUGGUAAAAGCCUUAUAAUGUGCACAUCGUGUCAAGUUUUCCUUUGCAUUCAAGGCUGCUUUGAAAACUUCCACAAAUAGUUCACAGGACUAGUAAUGUCUAAAUCAGGCUUCUGGGCGUUCCGUAUGAAAACAAAACCGGUUACUAAUAACAGAUAGUUCGUUUCAUGUGACACUUUCAAAGAGUUUGUUUCAGUUUAAAUACUUUUGAAAAAAUCCAGAUGCAUAUUCUUACAAGAGUACUGAGCAAAUACUGUCAAAGUUGUCUAAGUUACAUGACUAUUAAAAGCUUUUAAGCGUAAAAUGUGUUUGCUUUAGUUCUUUAGUUGAUGUCCACGUACGUGGACAUUGAAUUCCAUUAUAAAAGGCUGGAACCCAAUGUCCACAAAUGAGGACAUGUUAAGAGAAGUUAGUUGGAGGUGGAGUUGUUAAACAGACACCAUGUUUGCGCAAAAUAGUCUAAAAGAAGUGUUCAUAGCAGGUAGCAUGCGAAUUUUCCAAGAAAAACAUGUCCUGGGUCUGAGGAGGAUAUGAGGUCAGUAGUGGACAAAUCAACACCAUUGUACAAGAUGUGCAGAAAUCCUGUCUGAGGCCAGUUAAAGGCACAAUGAAGAUUCACCAGCUUAUGACCGCUCUACCACAUGAAGGCACAGUCUUCUAUCGAGAAAUUUCUUGCUUUUGCAAUUCUGCACCAUACCCUGGGUUCUGCGAUUGUUAUUCUAAAGAGAAGUUUGAAGUGGAGUUCACUAACUCAAAAAUCUUGAGAAUUGAAAAAAACCUGAGUCAAGAACAGAUUGUAAAGUUUGAGAAACGGUUGGAAGAAGGGUAUGACAUCACAAUCCAGGACUUAGGUUCCCUUGAUUAUGAUGCUAGGCAAGAGUACCUGUACUGGACAGCAUGGCGAGCAGUCAAGCUACAAGAGACUGAACAGAAUAGUGAUCUUGAGGACAUAGAAGAUCAAGCGGACGAAACCGACGAAGAGUGGAAACCAACGAAAUACAACCAACAGAACCAGCCUCACAACUCUACAGCAAUGUUUCCUGAAAUCAACAAGAUCUAUGCAGUAUUCUUCCACGCCAGAGGCUCUAAAAAAGGAACUUUCUAUCUUGGCCGUGUAAUGAAAACAGAUGGUGAGGUCGCAGACAUGAAAUUUCUUGAAAGAAAGUACGGAAAUGGAAACCUAUAUGACUGGCCACGCAGGGAUGAUAUCAGCACAAUCAACACCAGCUUCAUUCUGCAGAAGGUGGAGUUUACUGGUCCACCCCCAUUUGCACUCACUGAUUUGGAGUACAAAGUCAUAAUUGGUAAGGUGCAGAAGUUUGACCUUGGGAGAACAUCUAUCAGUGAUAAAUAACUGUCAACCGUCUUGAGCUAUAGAGGACAUGAAGUGUUGUUAAUGCUUUUGCUGAAUCGGAAGAAAUACAGUUACAUGUACAUGUAGCAGUUAUGUUAGUGCAGACACUUUACUUUUUUGUUUUUCAGUUAAGAAUUCUUUGAGAGUUUGUCCAUUCACUUUCUACAUUUACUGUUACUCUUUGUUUUAACGAUUUGUCUGUCAAUGAAGCUUACAAACAUGACAAAUGUACAUGUAGUUCCCAGAGGGUAAAGGUUAUACACCCUACUUUGUUUUUAACAUAACAUUACACAGAGGAAAUUCCUUAUCGGUAGUGUGUAUGUUCAGAGAUUUCAGUUCAUUAAACAAAAUGUGAUGUUGCUGGGGUCCAAUCUUCCCUUGUUUUGUGUUCAACCCAGAGCGGUGUCUUCAGCAUGAUACUUCAGUGAGGCAGCACUAUAAAUAAGGAAGCAUUGGGACUGGCCUGCUAGGAGAAACCAUUGUGGUAUGUCAAAACAAUGUUGACAGCAAUGUCAAGCAAUCAAUAGAUCCCUUGUUUUGUUUCUUGCUCGGUGUGGUGUUAAUAUGACAGCAACCAAAAUUAAAGACAGUAAACCAGUGAAAGGAGAGCUGACCUCUUGUACUUACAUGUACCCAUCUGAGACUGGAUAACAAUUAUAUGACACAUAUACAUGUGUUAAUGGCAAUGCAACUGCCCUGUAACUAUGAGACACAUGAAUGAAUGAAUGAAUAUUGGAGCUUAACAAGGUGCGGGUUCAAAUCCGGCAUUGGUCAGGGAAUUUGUGGAUUUCCACUUAUCACUGCAUCAGAAUCAGAUUUCAGGAAACCAAAUGACUAUUGAGUUUAAAGUCGAACUGAAAGGCACUAUGUACUUCAUGGCUUUGUCUGCUGUCGUCACCUAAAACAUUUGCCGAUCGUCUAGCUGAAAUACUGCUAGAUUUGGUGUUCAAUUUCAAGAGAGCAAAUAAACCAGACAAUAAAUUGGCAAAAGACAAGUAAUGUACUGACAAAAUGAAGCAGUUGGUGUUGGUUUUGAGAGGCAAACAAUUCUUAACAGCCUCAUUGUCUGUUUUUGGUAUUAUUUGCACGACCUUGUCUUUACUGUUAUCAAGUCUGUCUUUACUGUUAACCUGAUAACAGUAAAGACAAGAGAGUAAAUUUUGAAUUUGAAUGAAGUUUGUAAGUACAGAUGAUCUAGCUUUGCUGCUUCUAAGUUAUAUUUUGCGUAAGGCAUUCUAUAAAAUACUACCUGUUUUGGAGGCAAAAUAAAAAAUUUAUUAGUCAUCUUAGUCUUUACCGUUAUUUACAGGAUUUUUUGAAAAUAGCCCACAAGCUCUCCAUGCAGUAUCACCUAUCUGGAAGACACAACCGGACUGCAUUUGCGUUGAAGUUGUGGUAUUUUCCAUCCUGCCUUUCUUCCAUUUCGGUGUUUACACCCAAUAUUGGACAAGGCAUCAAGAACUGUACGCGAAUUUUCUUAAAUUAUACGAUAAUGCCGCACAAGGAUGUUAGUCCUAUAUCACAUUGCUUGUCAAGGCAAAAGCCUAUGACGGUAGAUUUGACAAAUAUGAAAAUUAACAACUCUUAGUUCAUUGCACAAUUCAACAGAAUGACGCCGUGCCAAACGAACUGAAAAGAUUGCUCCUUUACGGUUUGCCUAGCACGGUGUCAGUGCUAUCUUCAACUAGUCUUUUUCAACUAUUUUCUUCCAUCAUACGUGUACCACUAAUAUUGUUACACUAACGUUAUGCGGCUGUAGAAGUCUGAAUUGAGCUAUCAAUUUUGGGCCUUAUACAGAUAAAGACCUGAGCGAAGAUUGUGUUUAAAAACUUCAAGAAUCGUAUUGUCGACAGACUUUAGGUUAGAAAUUAAUCUGACUGCUUACAUGCACACAGCCCAAUGGAGACAAAAAAGUGUGUAAUGCAAGGUCUGAAUGCUGUAUGCAAAAUAUGUGAUGUUAAAAAAAAAUGUAAAGUAAAAAAAAAAAUCUCCUUGAGCAUGACCGUGCAAUCUCUUCAGUCACAGCCAGCAUUCCUUUUGCAUGCAGUUCGUCCUGAUAUAUGUCUUCAGUACUCAUUCACGGGUCAGUGCGCAGAUAUCCAGUGUAGUGUUCGAGAGAAUAUCCACGCCUGCACCUGCAAAGUUUAUAAGAGUUAAUUGUACAUCACGGAAACUGAGCCUUUUUUAACCGCCAGUGGACUAAGCAUUUCAGCCCACGUGAUCAAUCUGUCUGACCGAGUUCUUCCUUCACUACAGCUUCGAGCUUCAUAAUGGGGGCAGACUAAUGCCAGCUUGUUAAGAGCAGCACAUCAACUGAACCGCACAAGGCCAACUAACGAAGUCCGGCCGUGGCCAGCACACCUGUAGUAGUCAUACUGGUUACCCAAUAAAUACAGUUGUUUAGCGCCUGAUGUUUCGAGCGAUUCAACUCAACGCCCAACCCUAGCCAUUGCACAGGUAUUCUACACUGCGUGCGCGCGGCGCUGCUGUUACCGCCUGCUGAGGGUUACACGUGGAAGAUAGCAUGGUCUACAGAACACCCCCAGCCAUGAGAGAUGGUUAAAUAGUCCUUGAUAUGUGAAUAGAGUGUGGCUGCCAUUUUCUUCCAAAAUGCUGAGUUACUGCGCAAAGCCUGCGUGUUUACUCAGCCACAGAGCCUCGUGUGUUCGGCCUGCGUUACUGCUGCUGACUAAACAAGGUCAACCAGUGCCUCACACCUCAGAUAUGCACACUACUACCAGCCAUGGGAUCGGUGUUAAAAUACAGGACCCUCUGGCAGAUUGUUAUGCGAUGCUAAAUCUGCGGGAGGGAUGUAACUCUGCUCAGCUGAGAGAUGCUUACAUUCGCAUGGCCAAAGUUUAUCACCCAGAUAGUGGAGCGGAGACAGCAGAUCCAGUCAGAUUUUCAAAACUUCAGCAAGCUUACAGGACAAUAAAGGAGAGGCUUGCUGAAAUGGGAGAGGGGAUGGACGGGGAAGUAGAGGAACCUCAGGUCGUGUUUGACAUUCGCCACACCGCUCCGCAGCACAGGCAGUACCUCAACUUUGAGGGUAUAGGGUUUGGCACACCCACACAAAGAAUGAAGCAGUAUCAACAGCACCGUGUUGCCAAGGCGACAGAGAGCAUCAGCGACUUGCGUGUUCAGAAGAUUGCUGUGCAGUACGAGGACGCCUUGGUGGUGAAGGAUAAACAGGCUAUGAAAACCCACAAAACACAGAAUUUCAUGGACCGCCUGGUUGAAGAUUUGAUCAAAGAGUCGAUAGAGAAAGGUGAUUUUCAGGACCUGCCAGGGACUGGAAAGCCACUGGUGGAUCAUGCAGACAGGAAUCCCUUCGUGGAUUCUACCACUCACAACCUCAACAAGAUCCUCAUCAAUGAUGGCUUCGCUCCUGAGUGGAUCGCCCUGGAGAGAGAAAUCCGGCAAGAGAUACGACAUUGUCGAGAAACGUUGGCAAAAGAAAGGAAUUACUUAGGAUCGCCUCCCUUGUCUGGCCAGAACCACAAUCGCUGGGUGCACCAUUCCAACAACUUCCGACGGACCAUCGAUGAUAUCAAUGCAAAAAUACACAAGUACAACAUGGUUGUGCCCUUCCUGCAGAAGCAAAUGGUUGAAUAUAAGAAGGAAAAGGAAAUACAAACCAUUUUUGAAAACUGGGAAAAGUUUCUCCCAAAGGUAAUAGAAGAGGAUAGGCCAAGAUCAACCAUUUACAGCUAUCCUUCAGUCAAGCAUGAGAAGAUAAACUGGGUAGAUGUUUGGAAGAAUAUAAAGGCAAUGUUCUCUACAUAAUAUUAGAUUUCUAGGCAGGUGUGUGUAUUGACAAUACGCAUGUUUCAAGAUAUGACGUCAUGACGACAGAGUGACAUCCCUUUAUGAUACGACGUCUUCACUUUGCGGCGCGGUAGGGCCAAUCUGGUAAUUUUAACAUGGACUGGUAUGUAGAAUAUAGAGAAGUAAUUGAAAGGAUUACACUGAUCUUCUGAAUUGUGUUCAGGGGUGAAUUAGCGUUCCCAAUAUUGCACAAAAAGUGAUGUUCUGUCGAUACUUUGAUCUAAACACGAUCACUGCCAUGUUAAAUGAUAGGCAAGUAGCCCUAUUGCUCUGUAAAGUGGCAACGUCUUUUUACACGGAGACGUCAUUCUGUUGUCGUAAUGGCGUAACUCGAAAACUGCGUAUUGAGUCCUGCAUAUCUCUGCUUUGGCAGACCAUCAUUUUAGGCUAUUCAGGGAAUGACUUACUAGUAAUUGUGCUGGAUCGAAGAAAGGUUUGACAACAAAGUUCAGUUCUAGUGGUCUAUGUCUUAAUUGUGACUAUACUUUUUAAGUUUUUGAACUAUAUUGAUAUAUUUUGUCACCUACAGGCAUUGAGAAGUGCUAGCUGUGUAGCAUUGUUAAAGGUUAAAACUUGAUUGAUUUGUUGAUGGUUGAAAAAAUGUUUAUAGAAAUGAUAGGAUAUUGAAUGGUAUUUAAAAGUGCUACAAAUAUUGUUGGAACAUCUGUACCACUACAUCAUCACAACAAAGGUUUUCUUUCACCUCAUCAUACUGCAGUACUUUAUUUGUGACCCUACAGUUUACUUACUAAAUGAUGAGUAUUCCUGAUGAUAACCAUUGGGUUUAUGGUACUGAUGCUGUAGAAAUUUUUUUUUAUUAAUAUAGUUUGUCAUUUACCUUCAGUAAGGCGUCUCAGUGAGGCAGCACUAGAUAAAAGAGCAGUGGAAAUCCGUCGUGCGACAAGGAGGCACAUUACAUACACCCUAAGGAUUCCUUCGUCGUCAUAUGACUGAAAAAUUGUGACAAGUUUGUGUUUCACCCAAAUUUUGAACUAGUCUUGCAAUGUAAUGGAGAACUACUGUUCUGCAAACAAGUGCUUAAGAAGUGUCUUCAGUCGUAGUGUUGAUAUGUUGCUAAACAAAAAGUGUGGAAUUAAGCCUUCAUUUUUGUUUUUGAUCAGGUGUGUGAUUAUCACAUUCCUUGUAGAAGACUAGGAAUGUAAUUUGCACACCUAAAGUCCUUCUUGCCCAGACUGCUGUAAUAAAGAGUGUGAAGGUUUGGGGUGCGGUAGUACACCUGAAAAUCAAAGGAUAUUUAUUGUGAGAUUUGAUAAUGUCUUCUCAUAGAUACGUGAAAACAGGUGAUCAGUGAGAAGGAAACGCUUCCUAUCUCUUGAUUACGUCCCUUUAGCUAUGAAUUCCAGUGUAUUUAUGCUUGUUAUUCAGUAGAGUGGAUUGUCUCCCUUCGUUAAGACUGUGAUAUUAUUAAAGAUUGUUGC